AGCCAAUGCUAGUACUGAUUUCUUUCUAGAUUAUCCAAGGCAUAGCACCAACGAUGAUUGCUGGCUUCUCCGACGGCGCGGGACGCAGACCAGCAUACAUGGCCUGCUUCUCCAUCUACAUCGUUGCAAACAUUGGACUGGCACUUCAACACAACUACGUGGCCCUCAUGAUUCUCCGCGCACUCCAAAGCGCUGGUAGUAGCGGAACCGUAGCUCUAGCAAUUGGUUGCGUAGGCGAUGUCGUCACGUCUUCUGAGCGAGGCAUGUAUGUGGCUUGGUCCUCUCUGCCCAACGUCCUAGGACCAUCUCUGGCCCCCAUCCUAGGGGGUGUACUCAGCCAGUACCUAGGCUGGCGCUCCAUCUUCUGGUUCCUGACCAUCUUCGCCGCCGUCUACGCCAUCCCCCUCCUCCUCUUCUUCCCAGAAACCUGCCGCAAAGUCGUCGGCGACGGCAGCGUGCCCCCUCCCAAAAUCAACCAAUCCAUCACCGGCCACCUGCGCGAGAAGUCGCGCCAGCGCACCAACACGCCCAUCGACCCGGUCCAGCUUGCCUACGUCCGCGAGAACUACCGCCUGAGCGUCCCCAACCCCCUCGGCACGCUGCGCAUCCUCGCGGACCGCGAAUCCGCCCUGAUCCUCUUCACCGUCGGCUUCGGGCUCAUGAACUUCUACGCCAUCAACGUCGGCAUCCCGUCGCAGUACUCGCGCCUCUACCACUUCUCCGACCUCGAGCUGGGCUUCGUCUUCCUGCCCAUGAGCGUCGGCACCCUCGUGUCCGCCUUCAGCACCGGCAAGCUCGUCGACUGGAACUACCGCCGCCACGCGCGCGCACUCAACUUUCCCGUCACGCGUAACCGCCAGCAGGACCUGUCGGGCUUCCCCAUUGAGACGGCCCGCUUGCAGAUCGCGCUGCCGCUGCAGGUGCUCGGCGGCUUCGUCGUCAUCGCGUACGGCUGGGCGCUCGAGGCCGAGGCGAACCUCGCCGUGCCGCUCGUGCUGGUCUUCUUCUUGGGCUGGACGCUCAAUGCCACGAACCAGUGUAUGAGUAUCUUGAUGGUGGAUACGUGGCCGGGCCAGCCGGCGACGGCGACGGCGGCGAAUAAUUUGGUGAGGUGCUCGUUGGGCGCGGCCGCGAGCGCGAUUGUGAUUCCGAUGCUCGGGAAGAUAGGGAAUGGGUGGACGUAUACUUUUUUUGCGCUCGUGUUUUUGGCGUACACGCCGGCGAACUUGGUGUUGAUGCGGUAUGGGCCGCGGUGGAGGCGGGCGAGGAAGGAGAGAGAGGACAAAGCUAAGGCUGAGAAGAAGAGGGUGAAGGAUGAGAGGAGUGGUGGAGGGGUGGCGGAGGCGGAGGUGAAAACUGAAGGAGCUGGUAUGGCGGGGGACGAAGAUAGAAUUGAGGAAAAUCAUGCCGUUGAGGCCUUGGAGGAGCAAGCCGGAGGCGCUGGCGGAAAAGAGAUUGCAACGGACGUCAUAACGACCGAAAAGAGCUGACGUAAAUACAUAUAGAUGCCAUCAAGAUAGAAAAAUAGAGACAUAGAGCAUGUGCGUGCAUCUCGGCGCACCUUUACAAAUUAAACAGGUGAACGCGAUUUAGCA